CGACAGCAGUUGGACCGUCAGCAGCUGAAAGGAACCAUGAUCCGUGCCUGCAUUGUUCUGGCUCUCGCCACCAGCGCUAUCGCUGGUCACGUCGGUGGCUACGGCCUCGGCUAUGGCCUCGGCGCUGGCUAUGGCCUCGGCGCUGGCUACGGCCUCGGCUAUGGCGUGAGCUCCUAUGGUCUUUCCCACGGCGUUGGCUACUCCGGUCUUGGUCUCGGCUACACCUACGCCCCAGCUGCCAGCUACGCCGUCGCUGCUCCAGCUGUUUCCCGUACCGUCUCCACCUACCACGCCGCCCCAGCCGUAACUACUGUCGCUCACGCUGCCCCAGUCGCUACCUACGCCGCUGCUCCAGCCGUGACCCGCGUCGCUACUGUUGCCCACGCCGCUCCAGUUGCCACCUACGCCGCUGCCCCAGCUGUGGCCACUUACGCCGCUGCUCCAGCAGUGACCCGCGUUGCCACCUACCAAGCUGCUCCAGUUGCCACCUACCACGCUGCUCCCGUCGCUACCUACGCUGCUGCUCCAGCCGUGACCCGCGUCGACACUGUUCACCACGCCGCUCCAGUUGCCACCUACGCCGCUGCUCCAGCUGUCGCCACCGUGGCUCACGCCCCAGUUGCCACCUACGCCACUGCCGUCCAUGCCGCCCCAGCUGUCGCCACCUACGCCGCUGCCCCAGCUGUCGCCACCUACGCUGCUGCUCCAGCCGUUACCCGCGUCGACACUGUUCACCACGCCGCUCCAGUUGCCACCUACGCCGCUGCUCCAGCUGUCGCCACCGUGGCUCACGCCCCAGUUGCCACCUACGCUACUGCCGUCCAUGCCGCCCCAGCUGUCGCCACCACCACCGUUGCCCACGCUGCCCCAGUUGUCGGUGCCUACCACGCAGCUCCAGUCUACGGCUACGGUGUUGGCAACCUCGGCUACGGUGUUGGCAGCUACGGCUAUGGCCACGGCCUCCUCGGCUACGGUCUGAACUACGGCUAUGGUCUUGGAUCUCCCUUCGACUACACCACCCUUCUCCGCAAGAAGAAGUAAACCGCUGCCCUAAAACCUGCCCCACUCAUCAAGUAAAGGAUGUAAAUGCAACAAAUUUAGGCCAUUUUUCAUCAUGUGGGUCGUUGCCACAGCACGAAAAAUGUGUUUUAAUAAAAUGUAGUAUUUUCAAUUUUA